UCACGCGACGCAGUUGAAUUGGAGAGGGAGUGAUGACGUCAAGAAACGCAGUAGUGGUGACAAGGUCUCGAUGACGUCACGCUAAAUUGGCGUCACGCGACAACAAAACAUUUAAAUUAAUUAAGAUACAUAAAUGUGAGGAUACAAAAAUAUUAAAAUGUCUAAAACAUUAAUACCAAACGAUAAAACCUACAUAUUUGCCUUUCCGUUUACCGCGGAAGUAUAACCGGGUUCCUGCUCGUCAUGAAUAAGAAUUAGGUCGUGCAGCGGCGUAUUCCAUUGGCCAGCAGUGUCUGGUUACGUGCGCCUAUCACGCGUGUCUAGGAAUUCCAACGAAUCGCCGACCGUCAUUCCACGCACGUGCGCGCACGGCGACCAAUCGGCUCGGCGUGUCCGGCAGUAGUCGGAUCGCCAAUGCGGCCAAGAAAAAGGCGCGAAGUUUUUAUUCGCGCCAAUAUUCACCUCAGCGCCGUGUUUGCUUCGGUGCACGGGCAGCGAGCGAGCUUUGGAUUUUUCACGUUCGUCUAUAUUUAAAAGCAACAUCGCGAAUAUUUUCUAAAUUUUUGAGGUGAAAAGAGAACACCCUCUCGCAGUCAUUGUCUCUUCAAGGAAGACGCCGAAAUAAAGCAGCGACCAUGUUGGGCGUGCGCACUCGCUCCAGUGCGCUAGCGGUUGUGUCGCUGCGUGAGAUCACCAACGCCAACAUCCAGAAGCAGCAGCGCAACAAGCCAGUGCUGCGCGAACUGGGCAGGCAGUCCCAGAACGGCAGUGGAGAAGACAAUCACGAUGAUGACACGUCUUCCAACUCGUCCAGCACCCAGGAGAAUGAGUGCUUGUCGGACGAGGAGUUUGUCGUGCGUGACUGGAAGCAACGGACGAAACGUCCUGCGCGAGGGGGGGGGGGCCCUACCGGCGGCGAAAAAGCCUCGUGCAACCCUGCCAAGGCAGGCGAAGCGUCCCCGUGCCCCCAAGAAGCCAGCACAGCCGGCUGCUGCCGCGAAGCCUAGGGGAGCAGCAGCGGUGGUGACAUCGACUCCACCGGAUCCCAAUUCUCUGUACCAUGCUGUCCGCAUUGGCAAAGCCGUGAUGCUGACCGUUGUGGACACAUGGGUCGACAGCUACAAGGAAGACCAGGAUGAAGCCACACUGAGUCUAAUCAACUUCUUCAUCCAGAGCUCUGGCUGCAAAGGCUGCGUCACAAUGGACAUGUAUCGCACAAUGGAGUAUGCGGACAUCAUCCGCAAGAUGACGGAGGGAUUCGACGAGGAGAGUGCGGAGUACCCACUCUCACAAGCCGGGCUGCAGGCGAAGCGUUUCCGCACAGUGCUGGCCGAUUUUGUGCUCAUGCUGGUGCGGCAGAGCCGCAAUGGCCCACUGUAUGACCUCAAGGAGAUGCUGCUUGGGUUGCUCACCGGGCUCACCGACUCCCAGGUCCGCGCCUUCCGGCACACCGCCACCUUCGCCGCCCUGAAGCUGCAAACGGGGCUUGUGGAGGUGUCCUUGUCUCUAAUUGGGAGCUUGGAGAACGCCUCGCGACAGCUGCAGGCCGAGCGCAGCAAGGAGCCCAGGCUCAGGGCCGUGGACAAGAUCGAGGGGCUGCUCAACACCAUCAAGCAGUUGAAUGAACAUCAGGAGGAUGUGGAGAAUAUGAUGCGUUCUAUUUUCAAGUCUGUCUUUGUACAUCGCUACCGGGAUUCGUUCCCAGAGAUCCGAGCCCUGUGCAUGGAGGAGAUUGGAGUGUGGAUGAAGGCCUACAGUGACGUAUUCCUCGAUGAUGGUUACCUCAAGUACAUUGGCUGGACUCUCAACGACAAGCAAGGAGAGGUGAGGUUGCGAUGCCUCUCCGCUCUCCAGGGCCUCUACUCGGAGAAGGAAUUCUUCCUGAAGCUGGAACUCUUCACAAAACGCUUCAAGGAGCGGAUUGUUUCAAUGGUGAAUGACAAGGAGUUGGAUGUGGCUGUCAAGGCCACACAAGUCCUCGUCAGCAUUCUCGAGAACAAUGAAGAAUCGCUGUCAGUGGAGGACUGUAAGAAUGUCUACAGCAUGGUGUUCUCUAUGCACCGACAACUGGCCACAGCUGCCGGCGAGUUCCUCUACAAGAAGUUGCAUUCUUACAUCAGCAAUAGCUAUGACGAUGAGGAGGACAUGGGCUCCCACAGCCGGAGGAGGACGGAGAAGAACACGACUCUUCUGCGCUUGCUCGUUUCCUUCUUGCUUGAGAGUGAAAUGCACCAGCACGCGGCGUACAUGGUGGACAGCCUGUGGGAGCACGCACGGGAGGAGCUGCAUGACUGGGAGGCCAUGACGAGCCUCCUACUGCCCACGCAUAAUGCCAACAGCCCCAACGAGGGCCUCUCGGACAAAGAGGAGGCGGGCCUCAUCGACAUCAUGGUUUGCUGUGUGAAGCAGGCUGCUGAGGGCCUCCCGCCCAUUGGCCGCCUCUCCAGUCGCAAGACUCAGUCGGCCAAAGAGAAAAAGAACAAACAAGACGAGCAGAUGCGGCUCACGCAGCAUUUCAUCAUCGCCAUGCCACAGCUUCUUGCCAAGUAUGCGGUGGAUGAAGAGAAUGUGGUGAAUUUGCUCCAAGUGCCGAUGUACUUCGCCCUUGAGGUCUACACCAAUGGGAGACUGGAAAAGCACCUGGACACGCUGGUGCGCCAGGUGGGCGAGGUGGUGCAGAAGCACGUCUUGCCGGACGUGCUGGAUGGGUGCUCGCGCGCACUGGUCGCACUGACCAUCCCCGACUCCUCCGUGCACUCGCGCGCCCUCGUGUCCGUGUCGAGCCUGAUGGACCUCCUCGUUGACCGCUUUGCUCAUGCCCUGCCCGCAUUCAUGGAGCAGGAUUAUGACGCGGAUGGCAGCAUCGCCUACGACUUGCUGUCCGUGCUGAAGAGACUGGCCUCAUUCUACAAUGGUCACGACCUGACCAGGCUGGACGUACACGAGGGCUGUCUGACUCUCAUAAAGCAUGCGGACAAGGGAGGGGAUGUCCCCGAUCAGAUUUUAAUCUACGCCACUAAGUGCGUGCAUUACAGCCUGUUUUGGAGAUUGUCCGCUCUUGCAGAAGACCAACCAGAUAAGAAGGAGGUUGUCUCCCUGCGCAAGAGCCUGAGGUCGUUUUUGCAUUUGUGCAACAAGUUGCUCAUCGGAAUCGGUCUGGCUUUGAAAGAGCAGGUGUUCCUUCUGCUGUGCGACACACUGCUCGUGUUUGGCCACUCAGUGGCAGAGCAGGGCCGCCAUGCUCUGCUCCCCCUCGUCGUCCAGGCCGAGCCUGAGCUGCAGGCCGAGAUGGGCAGCUUCAUCAUCGAGCAAAUCUUCUCCACCAACGAGGACAUUUUUGAUCAGCAAGAGGACAUGCAGAAUAUUGAGGUGCUUCACAAGCGGAGGUGCCUCCUCGCCGCUUACUGCAAGCUGCUGGUGUAUGGAGCCAUAGACAUGCGCGCCGGCGUUGACAUCUUCCGCCGAUACGUGGAGUUCUACAUCAACUAUGGGGACAUCAUCAAGGAGACGCUGAGUCGCUUGAGGCAGAUCGACCUGAUGGAGUAUGCCCAAACGCUCGCCCUCACGCUCAAGCAGAUGUUCACGGUGAUGCUGGAGGAGACGUCAAACCUGGUUCCUGUCAAGGAGCUGGCGCGUCGUUUCUCGCUGACGUUUGGGAUGGACGCUGUUCGCUCGCGGCACGCGAUAGCUGCCCUGCACAAGAACGGCAUCGACUUUGCAUUUGAAGCGAAGAAGCCGGGCACUGCCCCGCCGAACAUCCUCUUCCUGGAGGUGCUGUGCGAAUUCUCUCCAAAACUCCUCUCUCAGGACAAGAAAACACUCUGCGGGUACAUGGAGAGCUACAAGCCGCCCACGCGUAGGAACGUGUUGGACUCGGAGUGGCAGCCUGUGUUCACCUACCGCAACUCCCUGAUCGCCUCCGCUCAGCCAGAUGGUGCCGUUGGCACCCCGGCGACUGAUGCCAGCGCCGGACGCAGGAUUCGCACACGACACGGCAGUGCCAACAUCUCCAUGUCUACGGAGGCCUCAGGCCUCGAGUGGGGUGCCCGCACCCCCAUCGCGACCCCGGCGACACCGCAGCUCACCUCCACGGUGCUGAGGGGGGGAGAGGGGGUCGCCAUGGCGACCGCGCGGCGUGGCAAUGUGAGCAGCAGAGGCUCCUUGUCGGCCGGAUCCAUGGGAAAUGUCUACACUCGCUCAAGGGGCCACAGUUUGAUAUCUGCGGUAACUAAGGAGGUUUCCGAUGAGGAUGACGAGGACAACACGAAAGCUGAUAAACUCAGCAGCGGGUUUACAUCACGCGGAAGUCAACUUCUGAACGGCCCAGAGGACGCUAUGGACACAGACGUGGAUUUCAGCACCCCCUUCUUCUGAUAUGUCACUGGGUCCUGCUUUCGCAUGAAGGCCUAUGAAGACCGUACUGUGAAAACCUACGCACCCUCGUCCACAUGGAGCAACUGAUCAUUUAGAAUAUUGGUUCGGCACUUUGUUUUCAUUCUGCCUCUUAACACCAUGUUCACAUGAGCACUUGGGGGGAGAGGCUACGAAUAUGAGGAUGGGUAGAUGAGAGCGGUGUCAUGACAUCUCACUGUGGCACCCUAGCCCUUUUGUUUAACAAGCAUCACUCAUAAUGGCCACCAUGGCCACACUCUAGUCACCAGCAGUCUGCCUGCUAUGGACCGUUGCGACCGUGCAGGUAUUUCAUACACAUUUAUAAUGGCCGUGUUGGUGUCACUGAAGCAACACCGCUGAAAUUCUGGGUUGAAGCCCUAGGUCUGGACGUUUCUUUCCUGGGGUUUGCUUCAGAAACGUUUCAGUCCUAAGCAGCCUGCACCUGCUAAGUGUGUAACUCGUCACUGCCGUAGCUAUUCCAUCCAAGAAUAGAUUGUUUUUUUUGUCUUAUUUUGACUAUCUCGUUUGUAUAUUUUAUCUUUAUAUUUUAAGUCUAACUUGUACAGUUUUGUUUGCCCUCCAUUUGCCUUAAUGUAGCGUUGUCGUAUUGGUCGCUUAUAAUUGCUAGAGUAAAUUGUGAACAAUUGCGUUCUGUGGUAUGACGUUAGCAUGUCAUGUACUCGCAAAUCAGACCUCUCAUUAUUGUUCAUUGUGCAGUGGAAAAUAUAAAAGAAUAACAAUAUCAGUUUACACCACAGAGUGCUUUGUUGCAGUCGUCUUUAGAGUUGACUCGCAUUAUACAUCCUCCAAAGAAGUGCUUUUGUUCCUCAAAUGUUUUAACAGUCGGGGAAGUGGUGGCAUAGAACUUAGGUGUAGUGUGCUACAAACUCGAGCCAGCCGAGUUAAAUUCCUGGCCACAGGUGUUAUCAGUAUCGAGUGAUAUUUAAAUCGUUCCUGGGCCAACCCAACUUCACCAGGCUGCACUAACGGGUGUGGUGAAGUAUGGUCGAAUGCCUCUUCGACGCAGUGGGAAGACCUUAAGCUUUAAAUUUAUAAAGGGCUGUAAAUAAUUAUUGGAGUUUGAAGAUUUAGAAACAAUUGUUAUGGUUCUAUUGUUAUGGUUCUAUUGCUCCUGACUUAUUCUGGCUGCAGUGAGACAGGGCCAUGGUUAUGCCCUUUGUUUACAUGUCUUUCAAAUACUUUUGUUGUAAUAUAAAUAACUGUCCACUUAAUAUUUUUUACAAUUUGUAGAUAAUUUACAUUUAUAUAGCAUCACUCAACACGUAUAUUUCAAGAGCUAUAUAUUGUUACAUUUAUAUGACCUUUCUGCUCACAUCAUCGAUGCUAGUUAUGAAACUGAUUAUCCCUCAGCUGAAAUUUUCAGUGACAUUUCUUGUUUCUUAGGCAACUGAAAUUUUUAAUUAUAAUUGCUGUGGGAAGCUUAGGGGCUUCAUUAUUAUACCAGGAGAGCCUCACUCAGUUUAAAACUUUUUUUAGGACAGUCAUGCUAUUUCGGCAUAGUUGAUGAUCUGCAGAAGUUUUGCAGUCGCAGGAUCUUUUAAAUGUCAACUUAAGGAGCCGGCACAUAUUUCAUGUUCAUACUCCCUCGGUAUUAACUGGGGAGGGCCGUGGGACUCGAACCGCAAACCACUGGGCCAUCUCACCGCCGUAAAAUGGCUUCGUCAUACAAAUGUUAACGUUGGUUGAUCCCUUAUGCAAGGCCGUUUGGUUAAACAAUUAUUUAACACUCACCCUGCCGGGCUACCUUUGCAGGCUAGUGUUUUAGACUGGGAAGACUGCUUGUAAUGUUAUUUUACCUAAAGCGCAUUUGUCGUGUAAGGAAGCCAAGAAUGAGGCGCUUAUGUAAAUGCUGAAGGUUCACACAAAAAUAGCUGGAAGAGGACGGGUAGAUGAGAUCGGUUGUCUUUAUUUAAUGUUACUCAACAGCAGCGUUCAUGGCUGGUCGUAACUAACACUAACAGGGAAUCCAUAGGACCAGGAAACCCAGCAACUUUUGUUUCAAUUGGCUAGAUUCUACUAAUGAGUAUCAUAAAAGUCAAAACCGGUCCAGGUAUUGUCUUAAACAAUGCAGGUAAAUAUUGGAUCGUGAUUGCCUGUUGAGAGAGUUGUGUGAUUUAAGUUGUAUUUUUGUUGAUUGCAAAGCAUUUUUGUUGGUUAUUUAAACAGACCCAUGCUCGGGGCUUAAUUUUAUCUGGGUCCAGGUCAGCAACUCUGAAAGAAGUUCUAUACGCAGCACACCACGUCUAGUAUACCUCUGGCUGUGGUUACUACUCAAGUGAUGCCUAUUCCAGUCUCAAUGAGCGACCUGUAACAUAGUGGAAAAUGUAGACCUACCUAUGCACAUUUGUACAUAUGCAAUGGCCUGUACUGCAAAACCCAUGCUACAGGGUCGUAUGGAAUCCAAUAGCAAUGGAUUCCAAAGUUAAACACUUCCGGUAAAAUCUAACAAUUCAUUGUGUACCCCCAACUUUCACAGAAGCCUGGUUUGUGUUUGCCCCUUUUGAGCACACCGCCCUUUUCGAUGUUCCGUGUGGAAUUUAUAAAUCUGCAGGCUAGAUGCGUUGUCAUGUUGUGUCGGGAGCUUCAGGAACUGAAUUGAGAAAUUUCAGCUUCCAGCAUGUGGAUGAAAAUGUCGGACAUGGCAAGCAACAUGCUGAAAAAAAACACCUGAAAACAUAAAGACCCGUACAGCACAAUUGACAACCUACGAGUAAUUUACAGGCUGGUACCAAAGAAUGUGGCUGUUUAUUAACAGAGGGUUUAUGGAGAUGUUUGUUUGGGAGUUUGUGCUUCAGGCAUGUGUAGCUUUGAAAAGUGAAUGCAAUCCUUUCCCCCAAUGUUAUCCUGAUUGUGCCGUCGCAUCAUCAAGAGACGUAAGGAUCCUUUGGGAACUCUCCCAGCUCACUGCAGUCCUUCAUGUUUGAGAACGGCCCCAUGGAAGCAGAUAUCACAGCUAUCACUGAGAUCCCUUCAAGUGACCUCUGGUCAACACUGUAGAGGGUAGUACAUUCACAUGCAUCUGGCUAACACGAAUAAUAUUCGUUGCAUGACAGACCAAUAUUAAAAGUUCUCGAACCUGGAGUUCCAAAUUAAGUGCAGAACCAAAUUUUCAUUGAUGGGUUUUUUGUGUGUGCAGUAAUUACUGACCAAGCUCGAGAGCAUCAUCAACUCGCUACACUUUGGAACUAAAUCAUAUCACAGGCAGCUGUCGGGAUUGAAUCCAGGAUCUCUCAACGGUGCCAGCUCAGCGCUCUGGCAUCUGGACCACCUGGCCAGCUCAGCUGAUCUUAAUUGUGCAACAAAAUGUUUUUCAAAUAAGGUACUGUAUUUUUAGAUUCUGCACUGUAUUCAUUAAAUUCCACCUUUUGACAUUGGAAUCGAUGUUUUGUUAGCCAUUGUCCCAAAGAGAAGGGCUGCAUCAGUCUUAAGAAUUCGCAAUUGAUAAUUAUUUGUCCCCAUUACAUGACGUAGCAGAAUCAGGAUAAUUCGAGGAAAACGCAAAAAAACAGUUGCCAACUUGGCCCAUCAUUGGCAAGGACUGGAAGAGAUGGCAUCAAGUGUAGAAUGGCAACAAUAGGUCAGGGGUGGUGGAGUGGCAGCUCAACUAAUGGGCUGAAGAGACCAAGUGGGAUCUGUUGGAAUAUAUGAUGUAAAGUUUGGCAACAGCCUUUGUUGCAUCACGCGGUCGCGUACAUUGCAUAAAAUUGUUGGAGUUUUCCCAGUGUGUAUACUCUGGAGGGUUGGUUUUGCUGCAGUAUCGUGUCGGCUUUUCGAAAGUUGCAUCGAGUUUGUUGAAUGUUCAAGAGCUAAUACUUUUCAAUAAAAAAAAACAUUUUCAAGUG